AUUGAGAUAAAUCUGGAAGAUUCUUGAGUCAUCUAUGUGUAGAUUAAAAAAAAGAGAGAAAUCUAGAAGAGUCUUGAGUCAUCUAUGUGUAGAUUAAAAAAAGAGAGAGAAAUCUAGAAGAUUCUUGAGUCAUCCAUGUGUAGAUUAAAAAGGGGGGACCCAACAAGAGUCUCAUCAUCUUCUCCCCCAUUUCCUUAUCCCCAAUUUCUUUCUCAAUUCCUUCAUUUCAUAGUCAAUCUUCUUCAUCUCCCCUCUUUCAUCACUAUCUUUCUUCUUGGCUCUCACAAACAAAUCUAUCACCAUCACUUACUAUUUCCUAUCAAUGGAACCAAAUCACAAAAUUUGAAAUAUAACAAACCCUUUUAUUCUAUUGAAAAUCAGAAUUCAAAGAGAAUGGAGUACAACCUUGCACAUGUGAAGGCUGGAAAAGAACAAGGAGGCACUACUUUACAUGCUUCCAAUUCAAAUCUUUCAAAAGAGACCAACGAAAGCAAACAUAUAUCUCAAGUAAAGUUUGAUAUUUUCUCUCAUUCUACUUCCAAACAGCUUUACUCUUCCCCAAAUCCCAAUGUUACUUCUAGUAAUAAUGAAAAUUUGGAGUGUCGACAGAAUAAAGACACUCAUCAAACUGAAUCUCAAUCUAUCAAUUAUAAUGAAAAUGUUAUUAUCAAGGAAAAUGGUACUGUGUUAGUUAAGCCACCUAGAAGUUUUCAUCAAAAUGCCUUGGAUUAUUGGAAGAAUAGCUGCAUGGGUUAUUUUGAAAAUGAUGUUUCCAUGAAAUUCGAGAACAUCAAAGAUUAUCUUGUUAGGAAAUACAACCAGAUUGGUCUUAUCAAUGUGUACUCACAUCACCUAGGAUAUCUGGUCUUGCAAUUUGAUAGCCCUCAAACGGCCAUGACAGCUAUUGAUCGUAGUCCUUUGUCUAUCUUUGAAAAAAAAUUGCAUGUUUGUAAGUGGGUGGAACAAUAUAACACUGUCUAUCCUCUUCAAAAGGAAAAAGUGUUGGUGGAGUUAACUAAGAUUCCUUUUUGUUAUUGGUCUAUACAAGGCUUGUGUUACAUAUGUAGCGCGAUUGGAACGCCUGUGGCAUUUGAUAAGGGCACUCUUUUUAAUGCUAUUAAUAAGAAGCCUUCUGACUCUGCUUUGGUCUAUGUGGAAACUAUGGUGGGUUCAUCCCGACCUACUGUUUUGAUGACUACCAUACCAGGGCAUUCUGAAAAUUUCAUGGCUAUGGUUCAUGUUUCUUAUCUUGAUACUCCGCGUAAUUGUUUAAUGUGUCUUUCUCCUGAUCAUUUAACGGAGGCUUGUAAGGAUGUGUUGGAAUUGAUUUCAUGCUCCCAUGACCAAUCUAAGCUUGGAGAGAAUAUAUUUGAUACUGCUAACGAGUACAUCUCAAUCACUGAGGAGGAGAGUCAGGAUAUAGCCAAAACAGGAGAGAAUAGUUCACAAGCUCUGGAGGAAUCCUCUAAAGGUAAGAAAAUACUGCACGAAGAUCUUACUUCGGCAGCAAAACCAAGCACUCGAAAGUCAAAGAGGAAAGUUCAGAAAAGGGGUGGUAAACAAGUUCUUUCUAAUGAGCCUAUUCAAAGGACAGUGGUGUUGGGACUGCCUGCUCAACCAAAGUUUAAAGGGAAUCUUUUUCCAUGACAUUGUAAGCAAGAACAAAGGAGAUUGUGUAGUAAAGAAAAUGUCAAAGAUAAUUUGGAAGAAGAAGGCUCUCAUCAUACUUGUUCUCCACCUGGUAAAAAGCAGAAGACAAACUUAACUGGCUAUAUGAAGAAGAAGGAAAAAGAGGGUUAGGACGAGACAUAGUCUUACUUCUACUUUAUUUUAUGAACUCAUUACUAUGUAGGUUUCGUUUAAAGCUUGGUUUGUAUGCUCUUGAGAUAUUUAAGCCUGAACCUUUCUUUA